GUCUCACUUUCUGCACAUCGAGAGUUGUAGUUCCAGAGUGAGGAACUGGACGUGCUUCUAAGCGUCCAUGUUGAGCCCUGGAAACUACAACGACCAAAGGGCCACGGGCUCCUGGGCGGUUUCUCGUUUCCGUCGAGUCAAACGUUUGGGGCUGCUUCUGAGGGAUCAGCUCAACUGGCCAGCAAGUUCAGCUCCACCAAGUCAUUUGAUUCACCCGGUGAUGAAAUGGGGGUCAACCAGUCUGUGGACUUUCCACCUGUCACAGGACCGCAUCUCGUAGGCUGUGGGGAUGUGAUGGAGGGUCAGAAUCUCCAGGGGAGCUUCUUUCGACUCUUCUACCCCUGCCAAGAGGCAGAGGAGACCAUGGAGCAACCUCUGUGGAUUCCCCGCUAUGAGUACUGCACUGGCCUGGCCGAGUACCUGAAGUUUAAUAAGCGUUGGGGCGGCUUGCUGUUCAACCUGGCUGUGGGAUCUUGUCGCCUGCCUGUUAGCUGGAAUGGCCCCUUUAAGACAAAGGACUCUGGAUACCCCUUGAUCAUCUUCUCCCACGGCCUAGGAGCCUUCAGGACUUUGUAUUCAGCCUUCUGCAUGGAGCUGGCCUCACGUGGCUUUGUGGUUGCUGUGCCAGAGCACAGGGACCGGUCAGCAGCAACCACCUAUUUCUGCAAGCAGGCCCCAGAAGAGAACCAGCCCACCAGUGAAUCGCUGGAGGAGGAGUGGAUCCCUUUCCGUCGAGUUGAGGAAGGGGAGAAGGAAUUUCGUAUUCGGAAUCCCCAGGUGCAUCAGCGGGUAAGCGAGUGUUUACGGGUGUUGAAGAUCCUGCAAGAGGUCACUGCUGGGCAGGCUGUCUUUAACAUCUUGCCUGGUGGCUUGGAUCUGAUGACUUUGAAGGGCAACAUUGACCUAAGCCGUGUGGCUGUGAUGGGACAUUCAUUUGGAGGGGCCACAGCUAUUCUGGCUUUGGCGAAGGAGACCCAGUUUCGGUGUGCGGUGGCUCUGGAUGCUUGGAUGUUUCCUCUUGAACGUGACUUUUACUCCAAGGCCCGGGGCCCUGUGUUCUUUAUUAAUGCUGAGAAAUUCCAGACAAUGGAGAGUGUCAAUUUGAUGAAGAAGAUUUGUGCCCAGCAUGAACAAUCUAGGAUCAUAACCGUUCUUGGUUCUGUUCAUCGGAGUCAAACUGACUUUGCUUUUGUAACUGGCAACUUGAUUGGUAGAUUCUUCUCCACUCAAAACCGUGGGAGUCUGGACCCCUAUGAAGGGCAGGAGGUUAUGGUGCGGGCCAUGUUGGCCUUCCUGCAGAAACACCUUGCAGGUGCUGUGUGCAGGGCAGUUUCCAUGAGAAAGGAGCUGGGCUUGCCUGAAUUUCAAAGACCUGAAAGAAGACUAUGAUCAAUGGAACAACCUUAUUGAAGGCAUUGGACCGUCGCUCACCCCUGGGGCCCCCCACCAUCUGUCCAGCCUGUAGGCACAACUGGCCAUUUGUAAAGGUCACUUGAACCAAGUUUCCAUUUGGGAGCUACCCAGGGGCACCCAUGAGCUCCUAUCAGGAGGUGGUCAACAUGACCCUUUUCACAGCUUGAAAGGUGUAAUCACACUGCUAUUUGGAUAACUGGGUACUUUGAUCUUAGACUUGAUCUUAAAAUCACUUUGGGACUGAGAUCACUUACUGAUUGACCAACAGACUUUCUGGGGCCUUAGUCCUGAUGGAGUGGGGAAUAAGCAGUAGAGUGGGACUGGGGGAAACCCAAGCCCUGAGCUGGGCACUGUGAGGUCUGGAUGUAAAGACUUAGCCCAGCGAGCGCAUUCCCUCACCCAUGGCCGGUGCUGCUUCAGUGGAAGAGAUGAAGCCAAAGGAUGGAGUGAAAAUUCUUACCGCCAGGAACUCUAGCCCAACCCAACACUAUCUCUUCCUACCUGUUAGCCUUCUCCUUCCCCAGGGCCACUUGGUGAAGUCUGAGCACUUUAGGUAAAUUUCUAGGGUAUGGGCUGUGAUCACACUUUCUAUUUAUUUCCAAGUCUUCUCAUUGCAUGAAACAUAGUACUACUUAUACUUACAGUAGUAUUUGUGAGCCCACAGAGGGACAGGCAGCAUGGCUCUCACAGCACAGGGACAGAAACUGAGGUACAAAGAGGUACCUCAGAAGCUCUGGAUGUCUUUGGGCAUUUUGCUAAAAAUGUACCUUAAUAGGAAGCAACACAAGCAGGUUGAGAAGGGAAGAUGACAGAACAACAGUGUUAAAUGGCCAUUUUCACAGGCCCUUGCCACAACAGGGAAGUAGUUUGGUCAGUUAAAACUCAGCUACAGCCUGGGCAGUGGAGCAAGACCCCAUCUUAAAAAUAAACUGAAGGCCGGGCAUGGUGGCUCACACCUGUAAUCCCAGUACUUUGGGAGGCUAAGGCAGAUGGAUCACUUAAGGCCAGGAGGUCAAGGCCAGCCUGGCCAACAUGGCAAAACCCCAUCUCUACUAAAUAUACAAAAAUUUAGCCAGGCGUGGUGGCACAUGCCUGUAGUCCUAGCUACUCAGGAGGCUGAAGCAGGAGAAUUGCUUGAACCCAGGAGGUAGAGGUUGCAGUGAGUCAAGAUCAUGCCACUGCACUCCAGCCUGGGUGACAGAGCAAGACUCCAUCUUAAAAAGAAAGAGAGAGAGAGAGAUAAAAUUUAAAAACUCAGAAGGCCACUCCCAGAGAGGCCUAGGAAUGCCUUAGCUGUGUUUCUUACCUCAAAUAUUACGGACCUCCAACUUGCUCAGAAUCAGGGUGCUUUUAUUGUCUGUUUUCUGGCUCUGAGGCCCUUGCCCCAAAUUUAAGUCAGAUACAGACUGAAUUUCCAUUCUGUUCCAUUUAUAAUGUGAAUGAUAUUAAUACUCAUGUUUGCCUAAUGUUAUGUUGGAAUUUUCUGUUUAAUCUGCAUUAGAGCAAGAUGGAGAGCCAUCUGGAAUUGGCUUCCUUCUGUCUUUCUUCUGUGUUCACUUACCACUUGGACCCAUGUGGGAAAAAAACUUUAAAAGGAAGGAAGUUGUCUUAGGGAUCCAGUUCAAAGCUGUUUGGGGGCAUCAAACUGAAACCCCCCUCUCCACUACUCAAGACUUCUUGCCUCAGUCCAAGUAGGCAAGAGCAAAAAGGAAAUGCAUCUCUACACAAUGGCCCAUGGUCAGGGCCACAAGAGCAAGCUGGGCCUACGUCUCCACCUCUCAACAGCUGGCCUUUCUAAGAGGUGAAACAGCAGGUCUUUGAGGCUGUGGGGGAGGAUCUGGGAAUUCCCAUGAGACAUAUCGUAAGAAGGAUAUCAUUAAAGCCCUGGGCUCUAGAGUUAUGGAGCCUGGUCUUGAGUCCUGGCCCCACCACUAACUGGGUAAAUUUGAGCAAAUGGUAUCUCAGCUCUUGCUUUUCUAAAAUGAGGGUCUGCAUUAUGAAUAGUUAGAAGGAUUAAGUGAGAGGAUGUGUGACCCAUGGGUUACUUAAAAGUGUAUUUCCUACCUUCCAAACAUGAGAUUUUUCUAGUUACCAUUUUUCUUUUCUAGCUUAAUUACUUUGUGGUCAGAGAAAAUGACCCAUAUGGUUUCCAUCCUUCAAAAUGUGUUGAAACUUGGUUGUUGGCCUAGUGUGAGAUCAGUGUUGUAAAUGUGCCAUGUAUGCUUAAAAAGACUAUAUAUUCCCAA